AUCUGCUUAUUUAAACUUCUCAUUAUCCCUGGAAAGAUACAGCUUUCAAUCCCGGAAGAGUCUUUGUUCAAUGUUUCCUUCUCAUCAGAGUGAUGACUUCCUGUACGAAAUCUAUGGUAUUCCCCACCAUGGAGAUUUUGUGCAACAAAAUCUGACAUCUGGGGAAGCUUCAGUAGAGGGAAGUAAUAGAAUAGGAAAAGGCAAACGACCUAAAAAUUUGGCUGCUGCUGCCAACAAUAAUGAUGGGAAUUAUGCUACCGCCAAUGAUGCUAAGAAGAUCUUGCGCAAGGAAAUCGAGCGGCAAAGGAGGCAGAAAAUGGCCAAGCUCUAUGGCAAACUUCGAUCACUGCUCCCUGUUGAGUCAAUAAAGGGAAAGCGAGCUGUAUCCGAUCACAUGAACGAAGCAGUGAAUUACAUAAAAUAUUUGAAGAAGAUGAUCCAGGAAUUGAGUGUCAAAAGAGAUAAGCUCAAAAAAUUGUCCAAUUUGAGUGCUUUGGAUCAAGGGAGUAGUGCUAGUUCAUCAGAAAACUGCUCGCCGAUCAACUCAUGUGUUGCAGUCCAUCCUUAUCAGGGCGGAGUGGAGAUUGUGAUAAAUAGUGGCUUUGGAGACGAAAGCUGGCAUCUCUCGAUAAUGAUGCUGGUUAUCCUUGAAGAGGGGCUUGACGUUGUCCGUUAUGUCUCCAGCCAAACAAAUGAAGGGUUUUUGCACACUAUUCACUCUGAGGUUAGUGAUCCAACUCAACUUGAUCUACCCAGGCUGCAAACAAAACUAAAUGAUAUGAUAUCAUACCGAGAUACGCUUAUGAGUUAUGACUGAUGCUGUGACCGUUGCUCUAUUGGCUUGCAAGGGCGUUCAUACAUAUUAUGAAGGCGGCCACAGCUAAUAUCUAUAACUUAGCUUUUGGUACUUUGUUUUGCUAUUCUAUGACCUUCUAGUUGGAAAUAUCUGUAGUUGUAUUGUUGGUAGGCGGUUCUGUGUGGAACAAGAAAAUAUAAUUUUAUCAAUUAUGUAUCUCCUUGGAAAUUAAUUACUAUUUCUAGGAAAUGAAUCCUGGGAGGAAACUAUGGCUA